AUGUCCCGUCUCCUGACCCGCCUUCCCAACCGUGCCCGCCUGCUCCCUAUGGUUCCCAGACGAGCCAUGGCUACGGAGCUCGGCACCUCCAAGUCCCCGCAAAACGGACAAAAGGGCUUCGUGUCCGUUGGCUCGCAGGCACAGGGUGAUUCGCCUUCUAAUCAGGGUCCUACAGAGGCCGGACAAAAGCUCCAGAAGGAGAGCAAGGGCAAGCCGGAUGGAAUGAAGGGAGAUUCGGAGGAGGCGAGGGCCGCGGGAGGUGAUCAAAAGGCUGGGACUUCUGGUAGUCAGAAGUAA